AGCAGCGGCCGUGCACGCCCGGGCUGCGAUCGCAGCAGCGCUAACGUGAGCGCCCGCCGCCGCCCUCGCCACCCCGCCUGCCCAGUCCCGCCGCCGCCCGGUUCUCGAUUUUCCCCGGUCUCCCCUCGCCCCUUCCCCUCCCCCUUCUCAGCACACUCGGGGGGCUGGGAACGAGCUGCCAUGUGAUGCGCGUCCCCUCAGCGAGCUUUCGUUGACCCUCGAAUCGCCCACCGUGCCUGCUGCCGGGAGGGGGCUGCGGGCUGGAAAGACGCGGGGAAGAAGAGGCGGAAAGGACUCAAAGUUCUCUGGCGAGUGCAGCUGUCAGCUUCAGGAAGUGAGGGCUCCAGGAACAAAAAGGAUCUUCAAGAGCUGCCUCGCAUUGUGACAUGUCUGAUCCCUUGCUACCAUCCCUGCAGCAUGAACAAGGUGGACACUCACUGACCUAUCACAAGGUUGCCCUGCAAAACUUUGGGGUCCAUGUCUGAAUGGAUUGCUGUAGCCUUCUCAUCUCUCCCUUCGCCCAGUUCCCUGCAUCCUAAGACUCGAAGCCAGGACAGGACCUGGAAAAAUUAUAUGGUGUGAACGGCAUGUCUGUGGAUGAGAAGCCUGACUCCCCCAUGUAUGUGUAUGAGUCCACAGUCCACUGCACCAACAUCCUCCUGGGCCUCAAUGACCAGCGGAAAAAGGAUAUUCUCUGUGACGUGACUCUGAUAGUGGAGAGGAAGGAGUUCCGAGCCCACCGGGCUGUGCUGGCCGCAUGCAGUGAAUACUUCUGGCAGGCUCUGGUUGGACAGACGAAACAUGACUUGGUGGUCAGCCUGCCUGAAGAGGUCACUGCCAGGGGCUUUGGGCCGCUGUUACAGUUUGCCUACACUGCCAAGCUGUUACUCAGCAGAGAAAACAUCCGCGAGGUCAUCCGCUGUGCUGAGUUCCUGCGCAUGCACAACCUGGAGGACUCCUGCUUCAGCUUCCUGCAGACCCAGCUCCUGAACAGCGAGGAUGGCCUGUUUGUGUGCCGAAAGGACACCGCGUGCCAGCGCCCACACGAGGACCAUGAGAACUCCGCGGGAGAGGAGGAGGAAGAGGAGGAGGAGACGAUGGAUUCAGAGACAGCCAAGAUGACUUGCCCCAGGGACCAGAUGCUUCCAGGCCCCAUCAACUUUGAGGCCACUGCCAUCCCAGUAGCAGAGAAAGAAGAGGCCUUGCUACCUGAGUCCGACGUGCCCACGGACACCAAGGGGAGCUCAGAAAAGGAUGCACUGACCCAGUACCCUAGAUACAAGAAAUACCAGCUUGCAUGUACCAAGAAUGUCUAUAAUGCAUCAUCACACAGUACCUCAGGUUUCGCAAGCACAUUCAGUGAAGAAAACCCUGGCAACAGCCUCAAGCCAGGGCUUGCCAUGGGGCCGAUCAAAAGUGAGCCACCCAGCGAAGAGAACGAGGAAGAGAGCAUCACGCUCUGCCUGUCCGGAGAUGAGUCUGACAUCAAGGACCGAGUCGGGGAUGUCGAGAUGGACCGCAAACAGCCCAGCCCUGGCCCCGCCCCCGCCCCCACCACCCCCACCGGAGCCACCUGCCUGGAGAGAUCCAGGAGCGUGUCCUCGCCUUCCUGUUUAAGGUCUCUAUUCAGUAUAACAAAAGGUGUGGAGUUGUCUGGCCUACCCAGUACAUCUCAGCAGCACUUUGCCAGGGGUUCAGCGUGCCCUUUUGACAAGGGGAUCACUCAGGGUGACCUUAAAACUGACUACACCCCUUUCACAGGGAAUUAUGGACAGCCCCAAGUGGGCCAGAAGGAUGUGUCCAACUUCACGCUGGGGUCGCCCCUCAGGGGGCCUGGGUUGGAGGCUCUCUGUAAACAGGAGGGAGAGCUGGACCGGAGGAGUGUGAUCUUCUCCUCGAGCGCUUGUGACCAAGUGAGCACUUCGGUGCAUUCGUAUUCUGGGGUGAGCAAUUUAGACAAAGACCUCUCCGAGCCGGUGCCAAAGGGUCUGUGGGUGGGAGCUGGCCAGUCCCUCCCCAGCUCACAGGCCUACUCCCACAGCGGGCUGAUGGCUGACCACUUGCCAGGAAGGAUGCGGCCCAACACCAGCUGCCCGGUGCCAAUCAAAGUCUGCCCUCGCUCACCCCCGCUGGAGACCAGGACCAGGACUUCCAGCUCCUGCUCCUCCUAUUCCUACGCAGAGGAUGGGAGUGGGGGCUCACCCUGCAGCCUCCCUCUCUGCGAGUUCUCCUCCUCACCCUGUUCCCAGGGAGCCAGAUUCCUUGCCACGGAACAUCAGGAGCAGGGCCUGAUGGGAGAUGGAAUGUACAACCAAGUCCGACCCCAAAUUAAAUGUGAGCAGUCUUACGGAACCAACUCCAGCGAUGAAUCUGGAUCGUUCUCAGAAGCAGACAGUGAGUCGUGUCCUGUGCAGGACAGGGGCCAGGAGGUUAAACUUCCUUUUCCUGUAGAUCAAAUCACAGAUCUUCCAAGGAACGAUUUCCAGAUGAUGAUUAAGAUGCACAAGCUAACCUCAGAACAGUUAGAGUUCAUUCACGACGUCCGGCGGCGCAGCAAGAACCGCAUCGCAGCUCAGCGCUGCCGCAAGAGGAAACUGGACUGUAUUCAGAACUUAGAAUGUGAAAUCCGCAAAUUGGUAUGUGAGAAAGAAAAACUGUUGUCGGAGAGGAAUCAACUGAAAGCAUGCAUGGGGGAACUGUUAGACAACUUCUCCUGCCUCUCCCAGGAAGUCUGCCGAGACAUCCAGAGUCCCGAGCAGAUCCAGGCCCUGCACCGGUAUUGCCCUGUCCUCAUCCCCAUGGAUCUCCCUGGAGCCUCCAGUAUUAACCCCACUCCCUUGGGUGUUGAGCAGAACCUUGCAGCCUCCCAGUGUGUGGUGGGGGAAAGUGUGCCCUGCUGCUUGGAGCCAGGUGCGGCUCCCCCCGGGCCCCCUUGGGUCCCCAGCAACGCCUCUGAGAAUUGUACCUCUGGGAGGAGGUUGGAAGGUACUGACCCAGGAACCUUCUCUGAGAGAGGACCUCCUCUUGAACCCAGGAGCCAGUCAGUGACCGUGGACUUCUGCCAGGAAAUGACUGACAAGUGUACGACUGAUGAACAGCCCAGGAAAGAUUACACCUAGUGACUCGGAUCUGCCUCCCAGUCCUCACACCUCUCCCAUCCAGGUGUUCUUCAGUCAGCCUAUGGCACUGUUCAUCUGUUGUCUUGAAGAACCAAGAAUGAAUUUGGUGCACACUACAGUGGUCUUAGCAGCAAUACUGUUCUGAAGUAUUCCCUCCUCUCUUCAAGCAGGAGUGACAGAGUUACCUUCACAAUGGUGCUACCCCUUGCUCAGGCAAGGAAAGACAACAGUGCGACACUGUCUGUCUGUGGGUUAAUUUCAGUCUUCACAGGGAUAGACUACAACACCUCGAGGACCCAACCACGGAUUUUUUUUCUCAGUGGCCCAUGUCACAAACCCUAUCUCAGGAAUUUCUUCUGAAUGUUCAAUUUUUUUCAUUGAAGACAGCUUCUAUACACAUCAAAAUUUUAUAGCUAGACUGUACAUAUUAUAUAUAAUAUAUAUAAAGUAUAUAUAUAUAUAUAUCCAUAUGCAAAAGUCCUGCAUGCCUCAAUUUUCUCAAAACUGGAAACUUCAUUUCUCAUUUAUAAACAGGUUCCAACAUUCCUCUUCUUUUGUCUCUGAUGCUUAAAACCAGUUUGGUAACUGUUAACAUUUUUCUUGCUUCACAGUUCAAUUUCAAUUUGUGCUUAUUUAUGGAUAAAAUUCAAUGUUGGAAGCUUUUCAAGGUUUUAUUUUAGACCCUUAUUUUGUUUGUUUAGUUUGGUUUGGGCACCGCCAGGUGGUGUCUUGUGAGCAUCGUGGGUUUGUUCUCCGUUUUUGUUUUGUUUUGUUUUGUUUUGUUUUUCCUUGCAGAUACUGUACAGUAAUGGUCAACUUUGCCACUUGCACUGAGUCUUGGGUCAAACCUAUUUUCUUAAAUGAAGUUGUAACUUCAGUAUAACUCAAGUAUACUGUAUAUUCUUUGCUUUUAGUUUAAAAAGUAAAACAUUUUAGCUAAUUUAAAAAAGCACUCAGGUGAUAAUUAUGUAGGAAAAACAAUCUUGCCAAAUAAUGAAUUCAUCCUAGGAUGUUUAGACAAUAAUCUGCUUGAAUAUUUUUAUAUUUCACCUCGUCCCCACCUUUCCCUAAGUAAAGUUUAACUGCAGAUAAAAGAGUUCAGAGUUGAUGCUGGAUGUUCAGAUUCCUGGGUGGGGAGAGAGUUUGGACAUCUCACUCAAAAUUGCAUCAAAGUAGCAGGAAUCUAUGAUUUCGCACCAGAACUCAGCAGGCAAAGGCUCCUAGAAAUCAAGCUAGAACUGUUUUCUUUCCCAGGGAGUAGGCUCAUCCAUUUCAGCACUUCAUUAGCUUGCUCUUGGAAGUGUUAUGCAGUAGGACCUUCUCCUUUGAAGGACCAACCAUCGGCUUUCCUGCCUGGGAUUGGUCUCCCAGGACAUCUCCCCUGAGGGAAUUUGAGUCGCAGCCUGAGGGUCCUGUUUAAGAGGCAGCUCCCUGAAAGUAGGAGAGAGCAUGGCAGACUCAAGCCUGAGAUCCAUCCCUGAUGCGGACUAACACAUUUCUUCUCCUUUCCUUCUCCUAAUGCUAAGUUGUAUUCUGAAGCUUUUUGCCAGUCUCCUGUCUGAAGGCAGCUUCAUUCAGAGGCUUUGGAGGAGACAUCACCAGGAGUCCUCUCUGCCCCUCUUCCCAAACACACACACAUACAUACACCCUACCCUCACCUGAUGAUCAUUUUCUUCUCUUGCUGCAAAACUGGUUGGCUUGCAACCCAGAGAGAGCAGCUUCCCUUGGCUCUGGAGGCAUCCUGGCCCCUGGCCAUGUUUACAGGAAGGUGUGCCCCAAGGAAGAGGAAUCAGCUCCCUCCUUCCAGUGGUCCCAUCUCCUCUCACUAAGCAGCCUGAAGGUCACUUCAGCCUGGCUGUAAAAGAGAGUCCAGAACAGUUUGAUGUGGGAAUGGGGUGGUGGGCAGUGGGAAUAGAUGGUUGACUUUGUUUCUUUUUUGUGCCAUUGUUUGGACAAUAUUAAAGCUGCAUGUAAAAGGAGAAAUUAGUAUAUGAUUAGUAGGCGAAAAGUGAAAUCAUAGUAACAUAUGUUUUAGUAUUAACUUUUUUCUGUACAAAUAUUAGCACUAAAUGUUUAAAUAUGUAUGAAUGCCAGAAAUUUGUUGGUUCAUGCAGUAGGAUUUAAAAAAAAAAAAAAGGCUUUUCUUUUAAAAUAGUUCCACUUUUGAAACCUGCCUCUGGAUUUUCGUUUCUCCGUGUGUGUGUGUGUGUGUGUGUGUGUGUGUGUGUGUGUAUACGCACACACAAACUUGUCAAAGACAGAUUUUAAUAGAGCUCUGUGUUGGAGCUACUGUCUUUUGUUACAGUUGUUGGAAUUUCUCAGCCUCGUAGAACAGCUCUGUGCUUCACCGGGAGGUUUGCCUUUGUGGAAAACUGGUGACAGCUAGAAUUUUAACUCAAUGUGAAUCAUGUGACACUUCACAGGUGUGUGUUAUGGUGCAAGAGUCAGCAGACAGUAUUUUUUUUUUAACUCUCCCAUUGCCUUUUUAAGUGACCUCUCCUCUUCUUUUAAAAAAGGAAUGUCUUCUGCUCAUAACUAACCAGGUGCAGACCAGCUUCUUUGCUUGAUUUACCCUGGUAACAACUCAUGUGCAACUGGUAGUCUUGACCACAUUCCAUCUGUUUCCCCAGGUUUCUGUUGUUCAGUAGCCCAGACCUGAGUGGCAGCCAUUUCCGGGAGGGGAGGGGUCUCUUUUUCUCUUCACCCUAACUCAACCUUCAUUUCCCUCCCAUCAGCCUCGGCCUCACAUUUCUUCCUCUUCCCCUACCCAACCUCUGCCAUGGGAACUGGCUUUUAAAAAAAUGUUUAAAAAAACAGUCAUUCUACUUCUUAAGUAUUUUUAACUAGUUAUUUCAUUCAUUAGCCACAACAAACAGUGACUGAUUUUAUGUAAUUGUUCAUGUGAUAGUCUGUGUCUUUUGCUAUUCUGAAUCAUUGUUUGUCAGAAAUAUUUCUGUCUCAAUUCAAAGGGAGGUCUUGCUGGGGACCAGAAUCCAAAUUGCCUCAAAGUGGAAUUGAAAAACCCAGUCUGUCUUCUUUAUCUGGGAUCCCUUAGUCAACCUCAUGCCUUUUAUUAAAAGGAAAAGCAAGUGAACAGCAAAGAAUAAAUGUUUGCACAACAAGGUAACAUUUUUAAGAGUUCUUCCUUACAAAAAUAAAGAACACUCCAAUAGUGGGCUCUUUGGGAGGAUCUCUGUGACAGCCUGGUUGCAUUUCCAGAUGGUCAGGAUAGGAAUGGAUUGUGGUGGUAGGGCCAGUGCAGGUGACCCCAAGACUAUUUAACAUCCCACCUAAAUCUAGUCCUCUCUGGGGAUCCAUCUUUGUCCUAUUUGUGUCUCCAGACCACCUCCCUUCAUUCAGGUUGGUCAGGCUUUGGGCAGGUGAGUGCUUUGCUAUAUGUCUUUGUUUCUCUGCGUUAUCUGGGGGUGCCUUGAAUAAAAUCAAACUUCAUUACAUACUGAUUCUGGAACAAAAAUGGUUUUUAAAACUUUUUAAAAGAAAAGAAAAAGCUGGCAAAGUUACUAGGCCAUCCUGCUACUUCUCUUCCGAGUUCCCAUAACGAUGACUCAGGCGUCAGAGGUGAUGCUGCAGUAGAAAAUGUUAUUUUGUAUGUUGUACAAAGUAAUUUAUUGACUGUCUUUCUAAAAGUAUGCUGCUUUUUAAGAUGCACUAUAAUUUUGGAUUUAAUCCUUGUAUAGCUUUUCCAAGGAAGUAAAAAAAAAAAAAAAAAAAAGGCUAGUGACUAGUAUGCCAACUGCCACUUCUCCUUAAAAAGGAGCUCGGGGACCAAGCUACAGGACUUUCAUGAGAGGACUGGCUAAAACCUACAUAUUCUCUUUUAAUGUUUAUGAUUGCCAUUAAAGAAGAGAGAAGAAGGAGAAGCAGCAACAACAAACAUGGAUUUGAAAAUCGUAAGCCUUUAAGAAACCUCAAAGUCCUGCCCCAGGAAGCUGCUCUGCAUCCAAUGGAGUAGUAUUUUCCUCUCAAAAUGAGUCAAAGCCUGCAAAGCUUUCUAUAGAACAUAGCAAACUGCUUCUAUACACCAUGCCCCAUUUAAACUAGGAGCUGUUUUAUAAGUGACUUCAAACUGCUCCGCUAUUGCUUACAGUUCAGGAGGACUCUUCAGAUCUGGAAAGAUCUGGGUAAAAAUUAAGUUUUGUCCUCGAAUCAUGGGAAAACAGACUAGAGAUCCAGAUUUUCUUUAAAGAAGAAAGCUAUUCACUGUAUCAUGAGUUAGUGUUUCUUCCCAAAUUCGGGAUCUUCUUGUAGGUCCAAUUUUUGGCAAGUCAGUUGAGAUGCCCUGUGUCAAGUUGGUAUUCAUAAAGGAAAUCUGUGUGCAUGGAGGCAUUUUGUGUCCAAAGUGUAUGUUUUAAUACUGCCCGAGCCAUCUAAUGACCCAAGCAUCCAAGACUGAUGCUGUAGAAUAGAAUAUAUUUGUACACAAAUAGCGUGUGCAAAUAGUAUUUGUAUAUAGAAAAGUCUUCUUGUGGCAGAUUGAGGAUAAAUUAUUCAACCGAUGGUGCAAAAACAUUACUUGCAAAGAGAAGUAAGUGUAUAGUAUUUUCUUACACUCCACUCUGGGUCAUAAUUAUUUAUAUCAAAUGAAUAUCAGUACAUUUUAAUCGUAGUAUGAAAAUGAUGCUGCCAUUUUGUGAAGAAUACCCACUUGGUUGCAAAGGCCAACUUUUGUAGCUUUGAUUUAAUGUUGUGACAUGGUGUGUGCAUUUCACUAUUAAGCAAUGAACAAACAACUCUGACUUUCAUUUUCAUUCCAGUUUAUUGACCUCAGAUAAAACAGUGGCCCUUGGUAGAAGCAGAAGUGCACCAAGACCAUUAAUUUCAGGUAGACUCACAUUCAGUGCCAAAUGCUCCCAUGGGGAUAAUCGAACAUGGAUAUCAGGAAAGAGUGAAGGGACUUGGACAAAGAGAGCUUUUCCUAUGUUUGAUGCUAAGUCUUCUACCAAAACAUGUCUGGAGGCAGAACAGUGCAUUUUGUGUGUGCAAAUGCUAGAAUGUCCAUUCAUACUCUGACAAAAGAACAUGGCACUUCUAGUGAGUUAUCAGGAAGAUGGCAAAUGCAUUUGGGAGCUUCGGGUGCUUGUUAGACACAGUGAGCCAAUCAAGGCAAGAGGGCCUGUGAGAAUUUGUUCCAGAACCAGUCUGAUGCAAGUGCACCUCUAAUAUAUGCCUUACAAACUCCAGAGGCCAUAUUCAAAACAGGGUCUUCUCAGCGUAUGCAAGGGGCUGCAGCCCCUCUUCCCUUCCCCCCAGGUCGAACAAUACGGACAGUUUUCACACAUAUCUACCUGUAUAACCCUCUGUACCUCUCAUAACUGGUCAACGACUGUAACAGGUUACAUCAGGUGUUUUUCUACAUACUUUUUACACAGAUUCUAUGCGAUUAAUGUAACUUAAUUCAAUGCAUCAUUUUAUUGUACUAGUUCUUAGGCUUGUCCUUAUUUUUGUUUUCUAAGUGAUUGUGGUUUUUCUUGUGGUUUUUAUUGUAAAGAUGAAAUGGCGGUUGAUGCUUAUUAUCUGUAACUAAGAAUUUUUACCUUUUUGGGGAAAACAUUGUUAUGAACUAAUGAAUUGAAACUUCAUUUACUCAUUGUAAAUACACUAUUGUGCAAAAAAAAAAUUCACUCAGUUGAAUUGCUAGUGUUAACUGAAUUUUGUCUAGACACCAUUUCUGUUGAUGAAAUAAAGACAUAUCAUUAUGCAUUGUAAA